CGCCGCCCGCUCCUAUGGGGUCUUCUGCAAGGGGCUGACCCGCACGCUGCUCAUUUUUUUCGACCUGGCCUGGCGCUUGCGCAUCAACUUCCCCUACCUCUACAUCGUGGCUUCCAUGAUGCUCAACGUCCGCCUGCAGGUUCAUAUUGAGAUCCAUUGAAGGCCUUCCGUGGACUGACAGGCGUGUCCUGGGGCUCAGGGUGUCAGAGAACACACAGCAUGAGGGACGGAAAGGGGACUCUCAGCACCUGCCUCGCAGAAGAGAAGGGAGCAGGCGAUGACUCGGACAAACUACUGUCCAGAGAACUGUUGUAUAAGAGAAUGCAGGAGGAGAGUGCUUGCCCAUCAGAUAUAACUUCCAGGAUGAAUAAGCCUGCGGUUGAUGUAAAUGGAAAUUCACAAAAUGAGGAAUUAUCACUGGAAAUGAAAAAUGAUCUGAGUGAGGUCAGCCUCUUGCUUCACGAUGGCAACAGAGUGCUUCCAUAUCUGCAAGAACCAAUACGAAGAAAUUCAGCUUCAGCAGCUGCUCAGAGCAAGGCUGUGGAUCUGUUCUUUGCUCCCACAGAAGAGCGUUUUGCUGGGGCAUCCUGUGGCGUCGGGGGAGCUCAGGGGAGGGACUGGCUGGGAGGAGGGCCCAGGGCCACUGACAGCCACGGAGGACAGAGCCACAGGGGAAAGCCUUGGGGGUCAGGACUACCGUGCCAUCAAAAAUGGUUGGAAAUGGGGAUUUCUGAGGAUGAACCACCAUGUGCUUUUCUGGAGAAGCUGGACUCUGUGUCGGAACCCUCUUGCCUGCGUUCCGUCCUGUCUGCACUGCUGCACGCACAUCCCCACAUGUUCGUGAAAGAUGAGACAAAAUGUGUUUUCCCUGGCCGUUCAAAGCCCAUGUUUUCAGAGCAAAGAGUAGAAUACAAGAAAAUGCUUUCACGUGUAAAAAGUACCUCAGAUGAUCUGCAGGAAACACUGGCGUUACUGGCUCUACAAGCUUCUGAAUUAGCAAAUCUCUUAUGCCAUAGUUAAGGUACAGGCAGAACAAUAAAAAUAGAUUAAUUUAAAAAGUUGUCCUAGAAUGAUUUCUUUUGCAUUAAGUCUGGAUGCACAGGGUGCAGCCAUGAAGCUCCUGCUUUGGUUUGUAUGACCAGACAUACUUAAAGUCAGUGGAAUUUAAACUCAUGGAAAGCUGGUUGAUGCGGAAGGAAAUUUUUGAGUUUUAAAUUGUGCUUGAAAGACACUUAGAAUUGGGAAGCCGUGUCAAGGAGAAUAUUGAUAUAUCCUAUAUAAAUAUCAGAUUAGAAUCAAAAGAUUUAACAAAGUUUUUAAUUUACCUUCACCCAUCCUAAAGGGCUACUGUCCCAGAUACUGUCUCUCUAGACUGUCUCUGACCAUCUAAUGGAAAUAGAUAUUUGUAAAGUUGACUCUGAGCCAGGCUGAGUUGAUGGUAAGCUGUUACCAUUUCUGCAUUUUGCAGAAUGAGCAAAAUCUGAUUUCUUUUCUCACAUCCCUUUCCUUCCACUUGACAUGCAAUUUAAAUGGAGGCCCUACGGUGAAAGUUGCAAUAUUAACCUUACCUUUAGAUAACGCUUUCUCAAGCUAGGAACCCUAGCAGUGUUACUCAGAAUAAAUAAUGAGCUUGAGCCUGUCUGCCGGGGCUCAGUUAUAGAGAAAAAUCAAGCAUUUCCCUUAGAGAAGGUUUCCAGUUUCUAGGAGUCGAGGUAUCUCUUAACACUAAGAUUUUUUUCUGAGAGAACACCUUUUGUUGUGUGUUGAUCACUUUGAUAAAAGGCAUUUUAGAGUGUAAGUUUUUAAAGAGUCCGAAAGUAAGGCUUAACCAUUUUCGGAAUUAUUGAUUGCAUCUAUCAGUUUAUAUUGUGUGCUAAAUUACUAUGCCGUGUGCUAUUUUAAUGUUUUGGGGAAAUGAAAAAUAAAACCUGUUCUUUAGCAUAAUAAAUGUCUUAUUUUACGUGUGUA